CCGCUGGUCACCGGAACUCGUCAUAACUUUCUCCAGUGAACAAACUUGUUUUUUUGUAUUCAGCGGAGAAGUCAACCCCCUCCAGCAGGAUGAACCUGCGUGAGAUCACGGAGAACGUGAAGCUGGCGCGGGAGUACGCCCUGCUGGGGAACUACAGCUCCGCCAGCGUGCUGUACCGCGGCGUGCUCACCCAGGUGCAGCGCCACCUGGGGGCCCUCCGGGACGGGGGCUCCACCCACCGCUGGCAGCAGGUUCUGCAGGAGAUCAGCGAGGAGAACAAGCAGGUGGACGAGAUCAUGGCGACGCUGGCGAGCUUCCAGCUGAACGCGGCGCCCUCCAAGCCCAGCGAGGACGGAGACCUGAUCUCCGCCCACGUCAAGCGCAGGUCGUCCCCCUGUCCGGUCAGGGCCUCCCCCCGGGACGGCCGGCCCAGCGCGGGGGUCCGGCAGCAGCCCCGACAGGCCCCCCGCGGCUACGGGGACGGGGGGCGCCCCCCCAGGGGCAAGGAGAAGAAGGACCCCAAGGAGGGAAAGGAGAAGCACAAGGACGACAAGGCCAAGACGGAGGACCGUGAGGUGAAGCGGUUUGACGGCAGCGGACACGAUAAGGACCUCGUGGAAGCCCUGGAGAGAGACAUCAUCUCCCAGAACCCCAACAUCAAGUGGGAGGACAUCGCAGACCUGGGGGACGCCAAGCGGCUGCUGAAGGAGGCGGUGGUUCUGCCCAUGUGGAUGCCCCAGUUCUUCAGGGGCAUCAGGAGACCCUGGAAGGGGGUCCUGAUGGUGGGGCCUCCGGGCACCGGUAAGACCCUGCUGGCCAAGGCGGUGGCGACCGAGUGCCGCACCACCUUCUUCAACGUGUCCUCCUCCACCCUGACCUCCAAGUACCGCGGGGAGUCGGAGAAGCUGGUCCGCCUGCUGUUUGAGAUGGCCCGGUUCUACGCCCCCACCACCAUCUUCAUCGACGAGAUCGACUCCAUGUGCAGCCGCCGCGGGACGUCUGAGGAGCACGAGGCCAGCCGCCGCGUCAAGGCCGAGCUGCUGGUGCAGAUGGACGGUGUGGGCGGGGCCUCAGAGAGCGAGGACCCCUCUAAGAUGGUGAUGGUUCUCGCCGCCACCAACUUCCCCUGGGACAUCGACGAGGCUCUGAGGAGACGCCUGGAGAAGAGGAUCUACAUCCCCCUGCCCUCAGCGGAGGGGCGUGUGGAGCUGCUGAGGAUCAACCUGCUGGAGCUGGAGCUGGAGGGAGACGUGGACAUGGACAAGAUCGCAGAGCAGAUGGAGGGCUACUCAGGGGCCGACAUCACCAACGUCUGCAGGGAUGCGUCUCUGAUGGCGAUGCGGCGGCGGAUCGAGGGACUCACCCCGGAGGAGAUCCGGAACAUCUCCAAGGACGAGAUGCACAUGCCCACCACCAUGCAGGACUUCGAGGCGGCGCUGAAGAAGGUCUCCAAGUCGGUGUCGGCGUCCGACCUGCUCAAGUACGAGGAGUGGAUCGAGGAGUUCGGCUCGUGCUGAGGGGGCGGGC